AUGAGCGAUAUCACUUUCAUCCCGGAGCGGAGCGGCGUACACCGCUUGGAUGGUAAUGAAGCGGUAGUUGCCGCUAUCGAGCGUUUGCCUAAUAGCCCCAUCGGCAUUGACGCGGCCCCAUGCGGCGAAUGGAAGGCUGCCGAUAGACACACCUUGCCGGCCGAUGUGCAAUUUGCGCUGUUCUGCAUUCCCGUCCCUAACCAGCCGCGCACAUUACAACAGAGCCCUCUACUGCUAUCGCCUAUC